AGGCUGACUGGCGUGAAGACACACUGAACACCAACGAGACACCAUCAAGCACAGAUGUCCUGUAUUUGAACCUGACAUCUAAUUGGUCCUUCGAGCCGGAUUCCAACACGUCUGACGAUUCCAGCAUGAGUGAGUGAAACCAGAGGACCAUGGCAACCAAAUCCUGAUUGAGGAACUGCUUUUUCUUCAUUUCGGGCUGGAAUUGAAAGACUGACGGAAAAUCCGAGGACAACAGGAAGGAAGGGUAGAGAGCAAUGUCCUGUAUUUGAACCUGACACCAGCCAUCAACCUCACCGCACAUCACUGCAGUCAAGGCUAUACAAACUGCACCCGGUUGUUUCCUGCUAGAGGUGGGCAAGACUACAAAGGACAAUGUCUCACAGUGCUCUUGUUGGGGCUCAAACAACUGGUGCAGGAUCAGAUACAUCUCGGCAGGACAACAAAGGUCUCAGAGGUGUGGCGGCGUCUCACGACAUGGCACGAACAGAUCUGGGCAGAAUGAACCACUACAAGUCCAUCAUUAUCCACGUGGGAAAUGCAAAUAGAGUUGAUCCUGCCAUCAUUGCUGGCAUCAUCUCCAGAGAAUCCAGGGCUGGGAAAGCACUGGACUGGAAUGGCUGUGGAGACCAUGGCAACGCCUUCGGCCUCAUGCAGGUUGAUAAGCGGUAUCACACACCUAACGGUGGAUGGAACAGUAAGACACAUCUGUUUCAUGCCACAGAUAUCUUGACUGGGUUUAUAGAAGACAUCAGAAGUAAGUUUCCUGGAGGGACUGCAUCGGAGCAACUCAAAGGUGGGCUAGCCGCCUACAACCAAGGGACUGGAGCUGUCCACUCUUUGAGCGAUGUUGAUGCUAACACCACUGGUAGGGACUAUUCCAAUGACGUCAUUGCCAGAGCUCAGUGGUACAGCAAAUAUGGAGGCUUUUAGGAGUGAGAAGAAUGAAGAAAGAACGGAGGCGGUGUAGUUUUAUGCUCUGAGUAAUUCCUCUCCAAACUAUAAUGAAAAAACAAUAAAAUUCAGCGGUUGACUUUG